CAUCUCUCCGCAUACCCAUCUCACUCAGUGGGAACAGCUUGCAACAACGCUCAACAGCUUCAACUGUCUGCUUGUGCUCGAGUCCCUUCUCUUCAUCAGCUUGUCGCACAUCAUCCGCAUUCGAUCCGCCUCGACUCAACUCUCUCGCACCGCUUCUCUCUCUCCCCCCCUCUUCUGCGACGACCCAUAUAAAUACGCAUUCGGCCUUUGCACAACGCCAGGUCGAAACCACUCUCUGCGAUCGAGAUUUGUCGUCAAUUGGCAGCGCUGCACUUCUGGAGACGAUUGGAUUUGGUAAUUGCCAGAGUCCAAGCACCAAUCCCCGGCAGCUUCACCUGCCGCAGCCUCUUCGCUCCUCUCACAACACCACCACCAACAACCCUGACCUCGCCAGCAUCGCGCACCCACCGCUCGACACCUUCGAGCAACUCUCCUCGGUAGCGAUGCCCUACCGCCUGGACACACACGUGUUAACAGUGGAUGCGAACGUCAUUCACAAGGUCGACACCGGCAACCCUGCCAAUCUGUAUUCUAUGUGGACAGUUUUCUCCCGCUGUGCCGAUUCAGUAGAGCAAGGCCGCAGACUGGAGAACCUGAGCUGGAGGCUUUGGCAGCGAGAGCAGCUCAUCGACAGCGCCCACAGGACAUCGCCAGUCCUGUCAGCCCCGGCAGCACCCCGGGCCAUUCCCUCAGAAGCCAAGCUCCCUGAGCUCCCCCAGCUGUCCGGCAGCGUCGACUCCCUCGUGGACGAGGACGCUCUGGACUUCAACUCAGUAUCGGCUCCCCUGGAGAUCCGCCCCAGGAUACAGCGACUGGACUCUUCCGCCAGCCGACGUGAUCGCCACAUCAGCUCCGACGACUUUGAGAAAAUGGUCGUCUCCAUUGUCAAGGACAAGGCUCCCCUUUCCGCCCCCUCCCAAGCCUCCCUGAACAAGCCGGUCGAGUCCUCCAUCACCCGAUCUGGCUCAACCACCACCGAGUCCCGCUUCUCUGAACAGCCCUCUGAGGUCUCUUUGGCUUCCGAGAUGGACUCCUCAUCACCAGCCCACAAGCCCGUCCAGUCCAAGAAGCAGCCCGCCAAGUUCUCCCUUGGUGGCGUCUCUUACUCAUCGAGCGAGUGUGACCAGAGCGUCGAGACUCGCAAGUCUGUCAUGCCUCCCCCCAAGAAGCCAACAUUCCAGAUUGGUGGAUCCUCCGGGGAAGACAGCUCCGUGGCCAGCGGCCGUGCCCUGCCCCCUGCGGCGAAGCAGACGUCGUUCAGCAACAACAACAUCACCCACCACCUCGAUGCCGAGUCUGCCAUUGACUCCGACACCGAGGGCGAGUACAUUGACGAGAGCGCCAUUGACGACGACGACGACUCGUCUGACUGGGAGGACUCCAUUGACGAGAGCGGCAAGCCCAGCGUCGAUGAGAAGUUCUUCCAGCGCGUCCCGUCCAAGGCCAACCUGACGUCGCGACCGUCGCUCAUCACCCUGAUGCUCGCGCAGAACGAGCGCGCCCAGAACCUCGGCAACCAGGCUUCCCAGUCUACCUCGGCUCUUUCCAGGUCACGGUCCGUCAUGAACGGGCCCUCCAUGGCUGGCUCACCCAACGACUCGGACGAUGGUCCUCUCAUGAUGAAGGGCAUGCGCCAGUCAACACUUAAGCCCAUCAACGAGAUCCCUCGAUCCACAGCACAGCCCAUCACCGCCACGGCCAACCACGUCCAUGCCCAGGCCGCGCUCUCUCCCCGCACUACCCGCCGCAACAUGCUCGCCACCGAGCUCACCGAGUCUCUUCGCCGCCACCUCCUCUGGGAGCGACAGCAGAAGUCGUCCACGGCCAACGCUGUCCUCAAGCGUCGCCACACGUCGCACGAUGUGGCCAACCUGAAGCAGUACCCAGAGAGGCCGUGCCUGAAGCAGAGCGAGGAUGUCAACGCGAGCAGCUGGAACCAGUACUUCACUAAGGAGGCCAACAACGGCUACCACUCCAAGGGCUGGUAA